GUUGCUGGUUCAGUCAAUCAUACUGCUAGUGGUGAGAAAUACCCUGUGGUGAGAAACUAUUCUAUUUGGUGGCAAAUUCCACAGUACACCCUGAUGGGUAUGAGUGAAGUCUUCAUAAGUAUUCCAGGACUUCAGAUGGUAUUCACCAUGUGCUCAGCCACACCACAGAGUGUGACAUCUGCAGUGUUCAACAUCAUGAUAAGUAUUGGAAGUCUGCUGAGUCUAGGCAUUUUAGCACUCACUGCUAAUCUUUGGGGGUGGUACCCCAGAGCCAGGGAAGGGGCUCUGAGGUACUACUUGGGUAAUGGCAAGGUUGCCUACUAUUACUGGCUGUUGGCAGUAGUUAUGGUUGCAACAACACUUCUGACCUGUAUUGUAGGAUGUGGUUAUGAUAUUGGGCCUGACAGAAAUGGAAUUAAGCAUCAGGUGGCAGUUAACGAAGAGACUUCGAGACACGGUCAGCUUCCAAAUGCGGGGGUUGAUUAAAACAAUGACACAUUUGUGGAGUUGAGCUCGUGAAUAUUUUGACAAAAUUGUGUUGAAUGUUUUACAAUUUUUUUCUUAACUUGGAAGUGCAAUAUUAUUAUUUUUAUAUAUAUAUAUAUAUACUUGAACAUUGUGACUCUGGCUUUUUAAAUUAAAUUAGAUCUGUGCUACAGAAAUAACCACCAAACA